UGAGUUCUCUCUUCACGAUGCUCUCUCGGAUGUGAAAAGGAUCGCCAGACUCAAGCACUUUGCUGGCAGCUAGGACCAAAUGACAACCGUUUUGAAGCCUGGGGCAUGCUAAGUCUGGCACCUGUGCUGGAGUAGGAGAACCCUGCACCAGCACUGGCCAUCCCCCCUCCUCACACCUGUCCCAGGCGAUAAGGAAAGCAGAAGUAGCCGCAGCUGUGGUCCUAGCAGAUAAAACGUUUAGGCGGGAAGUGCAAUGACAAGUGAACUUGUAAAGUGCAAAUGUGUGCUUUUAACUGUCAGUUGCUUUUGAUCUUUUUUAAAAAGCCUGUUUGCAGAAGUCAGACCAAAUAGCAGGAAGGUAGAGAAGCAAGAUGGAUUUGGGAAAGGACCAGUCGCGUCUGGCGUUGCAGAACACACCUGCUCCUCAGCAAGAACAGAACCAUGUUCCAGAAUUUACUGGACGUUGGAAUUUGCGCAACAGAGAACAGCUCAGGAAGAGAAAAGCGGAAGCCCAAGAGCAGCAGACUUCACAACUGCAACUCAGAGGGCAGAAAAAAUGCAAGCGGCAGAAAACUGGAAAGGAAAAUGAAAGAAGAGGAAGAAAGAAACAAAAUACAGAACCAAAGGUGGUGCUGGAGUCACCACUAAAGGAGAAGGUUGAGAAAGCAGCAGCACGUACACAGAGAGAAACUGAGUCACCUAUGGAUGUCGCUGAAGCCCCUGUUCCAGUACCACCUCCCCCAGAAGCUGUGCCUGAGAAAUAUUCGACUGAAGUAGGCCAAGAAAGCAUUACAUGCCAGGAAGAUUCUUCUGAGAACCGAGAAAUAGUGGUGCAAAACCAGCCUUCUAAAACUUGCCAAGAUCUGGCUGAAUCCGAGGACCUAGCUCCUAAAAUGUGUCAAGAAAUACCUGUACCUCAAGACCCGCCUUUCAAAAUGUGCCAUGACACAGCUAAACCUGAAGAUCUCUCUCCACAAGCGUGCCAAGACGUAGAUAUAUCCAAGGCCCCUCUUCCUGAAACAUCUGAAGAUGUUCAAGAUGUAGAGAGAUGCGUUGUUGAGACAUGCCCUGACCUAUAUGUAGCUGAAGGCUGCCAUCCUGACUUACAGCAAGAAAGAGUUGAACCUGAGGAGUGGAAUGUUGAGCAGGAUCAGGAACUAGCUGAGACAGCACGCUACUUCCCAAACACACAACCAGAAAUAGCUGUGCCUAAUGACCUCUCUAGAAAAGCCUACGCAGAACCUGAUCUACCCGAAUGCUCUUCUCACAAAAUGUACCAGGAAACUUCUGGACCUCAGUCCCUCUCUGAUAGAACAAUCCAAGAAACACCCAAGACUGAAGAAUAUGCACUUGAAAUAGAUCAAGAAACACCUGGGCCUGAAGAUUGUGCCCUUGAAAUGUACCAGGUAACACCUAGGCCUGAAGUCUAUGCCCCUGAAAAGUACCAAGAAACACAUGGGCCUGAAAAUUGUGCCUCUGAAAUAUACCAAGAAACACCUGGGCUUGAAGUCUGUGCUCCUGAAAUGUACCAGGAGGCACCUGGGCCUGCAGUCUGUGCCCCUGAAAUGUACAGGGAAAAAUCUGGGCCUGAAGUCCGUGCCCCUGAAAUGUAUCAUGAAACAUCAGGACCUGAAUAUGGCUCCCCUGAACUAUAUCAAGAAACACCUGGACCUGAAGAUCUUUCUACUAAAGCAUAUACACAUCAGGAUGUGCCUACUGAAUGCUUUCCGGAAGCAAACCAAGAAACAGAAAUAAAAGAAAAACCCAAAGCUGAAGACUCAGAGACAUCAGCAAGUCCAAACGCUCCUCAAGAAUCUCAUCCAGAACAAGACAUCUUUAGUUAUGUUUUGUUUUAGCAAUGUUCAACCAUCUUAGCUUAAAACACACCUACAUAUGUGAUAUGCGUGAUAUUCUUAGAAGUAUUGUAGA